AUGCCGCCGCACAUCGCUUCAGCUGCGCUCAAAGAGCGCACGUUGCUGGGACAUCUUCGGAGACUCCUCGGCGAGCGCGCCGAUGGCAUAAUCCCGCCUAUACUGACUCUCCCCUCGGUGAAUGACAUCAUGGCCUUCGCCCGUAGGCGGCUAGAGGAGCCCGCUCGUGGCAACUUUCAGUGCUACGGCUGCUACGCGGAGACGCUGACUCAGAUGGUUCGACCAAAGGACUAUAUAUGUGUACACGCCGCCUCCUCUUGGCAGCCAUGUGUGACGCACUGCGGGGCAUGGACCGCGCUGAGCUUGCGCAAAGGUCUGUUAUGGACCUCAGUGCGUAUGGCAGCCAUUGAACUGGAGAUUGCGGAUGAUGUGCGCCCGUUUGCCAGUGGUCAGCUAUUGACGCUGGGCUUGUAUGGCAAAGGAGGUCUCCUCGGCCUGAGCAAGGAUACCAACAGAUCGUGCAACUUGCAUCGCUUAUUGAACGUUCUGGUGCAAGCCACAUGGCCCCACCACAUAUGGACCAGCCUGGCACUGAGUGCCAACAACACUACACAGCUGCACAUCGACAAAGGGAACAUGGAUGCUGAGGUGCUCUUAAUCGGACUGAGUCAUCACCUUCAGGGUCAGGUCUGGAUCGAGGAGAUGGGAGGCCAGUGUUAUGAGGAGUUUGAGGGCCGGCUCGUGGCCGGCAAUCGGCGCAGCAGCGGCACCACGGCCCAUGGCGAUCGUACGGCAUGCUCUCAGUUCAAGUGCGCCUUUCUGGCAGAUGCAACCUAG